ACAACCCCUAUGCUACAGAUUGAAGGGGCUAGAGAAACCACUCCUGAAACCCCCAAACAACAUCAAGAAACAACACCCAAGCUUCCCCCAGCUCCAACAAAAAUUCAUCCAGACGCCGAGGAAGCUGCUGCCCUGUUGAUGAUGGCACGGACAGCAAGCUAUGUUCCUAAAACAGAUCUGCCGAUGCCAUCAUUCAGCCUUGGAUUGACAGAUUCAAGCCAGGAGGGGGCAUCGACGCAGGACACCGAAAGGGAAAAAUCUCCAGAAGCUGCAACUAUGCUGGAACAAUUGGACAGUUUGGUCCAAAAGUUAGCAAGCAGUGCGUCAAAGGGAAAAGAAGAAAGUCCGCAAAUUCGGAGGGAGACUGGGGGAGAAAGUUCUGCUAAGUUUGAAACACCGGGGGGAACAAAUCAAAUUCCGGAUGAUAUGAAAGAAAAGUGCUACAUCUGGGGGACGAGACUGAAGGAGGAUGCAAAGGGUGAUACUAACGAGUUUGAGGAGAUAUGCACUCUGACUGGCCAAGGACAGUACAUUUUGAUGAGAACGCACCUUGCAUCCCUCCAGGCAAACAGUGAUAUAGAAUGUCAGGUAAUUUUAGACUAACAUUAAUGUUUUUACACCAAAGUCAACUGCAAUGGUUAUUAAUUUAAAAUUGAUUUCU